UUGGGCCGCCUGUCUGCUUGCGAGAUGGCGGCCGAGAUUCACUCGCGGCCUCAGAGCAGCCGCCCGGUCCUGCUGAGCAAGAUCGAGGGGCACCAGGACGCCGUCACCGCCGCCCUCAUCAUCCCCAAGGAGGACGGCAUCAUCACCGCCAGCGAGGACAGGACAAUUCGAGUAUGGCUGAAGAGAGACAGUGGCCAGUACUGGCCCAGCAUUUACCACACCAUGUCAUCUCCUUGUUCAACUAUGGCUUAUCAUCACGACAGCAGACGAAUAUUUGUAGGCCAAGAUAAUGGAGCCAUUAUGGAGUUUCAUAUGUCAGAAGACUUUAAUAAGAUGAACUUUGUCAAGACUUACCCAGCUCACCAGAACAGAGUGUCUGCCGUCAUCUUUUGCUUAGAAGCAGAGUGGAUUAUCAGCACUGGCCAUGAUAAAUGUGUCAGCUGGAUGUGUACCAGAAGUGGGAAUAUGCUGGGGAGACACUACUUCAUCUCCUGGGCUUCUUGCCUACAAUAUGACUUUGAAACGCAGCAUGCCUUCAUUGGUGAUUACUCCGGGCAGAUCACUCUGCUGAAGCUUGAACAGAGCACAUGUUCGGUGAUCACAACUCUCAAGGGUCACGAAGGAAGUAUUGCUUCCCUGUGGUGGGAUCCUGUUCAGCGGCUACUUUUCUCUGGAGCAUCCGAUAACAGCAUAAUCAUGUGGGAUAUUGGUGGAAGGAGAGGCCGGACGCUGCUGCUUCAAGGCCAUCAUGACAAGGUGCAGGCUGUUUGCUACCUCCAGCUCACACGGCAAUUGGUGUCUUGUUCAGCUGAUGGAGGGAUCACGGUCUGGAAUAUGGAUAUUAGCAGAGAAGAGGCGCCUCAGUGGUUGGAAAGCGAUUCCUGUCAGAAAUGUGAACAGCCCUUCUUCUGGAACAUAAAGCAGAUGUGGGACACAAAGACACUGGGGCUGAGGCAGCAUCACUGUAGGAAAUGUGGCAAGGCAGUUUGUGGCAAAUGCAGCACAAAACGUUCCAGCUACCCCAUAAUGGGCUUUGAAUUCCAGGUCCGGGUCUGUGACUCCUGCUUUGAUUCAAUCAAAGACGAAGAUCGCACUUCUUUGGCAACUUUUCACGAAGGAAAACACAACAUUUCCCAUAUGUCCAUGGACAUCUCCAGGGGACUCAUGGUGACAUGUGGAAGUGAUCGUGUAGUGAAGAUAUGGGACAUGACACCAGUAGUGGGUUGCGGCCUAGCGACUGGCUUUGCCUCCCGUUGAUCUUGCCAGGAUAACAAGAUAAACUACCUUGUGCACCAAAUGGAUACACUCCCUUCAGUGACUCUUGCCACAAAAAUGUCGGCUGCUUGACUCUGAAUGCUGUUUUCUCAAGACGGCCGGCCUCCCUUUUGGUGGAGCAGAAUUCUCCCUCGGGGCUUACCAGAAACAGCGGAGGGGCUCAGCUACAAGUUCAUCGCCUGUGGAACACAAACACAGAAAAGAAGACUUUUAAGUGCAAUGAAACCAUCUGGCUGAGAAAGACCACUCCUAACAUGAUUUACUUGUAGUGUUCAAUGUGCUUUUCUCUGCUGAAAUAUUGUACAGUGGCUAAGCGUUACAGUCAGCCUAGUGACAACAGAACAUGUGCAAAUAGUAGUAACUUAUUCUCAGUCCUUGUAAUCCGUCCCUGUGGGCUAGUUUUGUCUUAUGAACAGUCACUGUGAAGGCUGGCUCACAGACAAUAUUGCCAGCAGGAAACAAACACAAAACCCCACUUUUUUCCUUCUUUCCCCAGCAGCAUUGCAAUAAGGUUGAGAAGGUUGGUAGAAUUUUUUGGAGUAUUUUCUACAACUAUUUGUUGUUGGUCCCUUUGGAGUUGUUCAGACUGCGUGAAUAUUAUCUCCAAGUUAUCUUUUGAGUAGAUUUUUGUACCUGGCAAAAUACCAAAAUCCAUGAUGGUAUCAGCAAAGUGAUAUGUCACAUCUUAUGCCUUGUAUGUUAAGAUAGAGGCAAGUGAAUUUGACAGCCAGUAUACUUGGAGUGAACUGGCUGCUGUGUUCUUCCCCCACCCCUAAGAUACAGCCCAGAGCCUUGGGGGGUGGGGGUUUGCAGGUGACGAGGAACUUCCCAAAAAAAGGCACAUUAAUGAAGCAUCAUCUUGAUCUUACUGAUCAAGUCCUGAAUGUGAUUAUUAAAAAAACAUUUCGGCAAUAACUAGCAUUUUACAGGGGGCUUAGAUCCAGGUUCCUGUAAUUAAAGAUGGUAGGAAUGAGUAGUGGCAGAAAGUUGUGAGAUUAAAAGUCCUCAUUAGUUUUGAAAAUGAAACUAGUUUAUCAUGUUACACUACAGAAUUGUAAGGAGAAGGGGAUUAUCUUUUGUAGCCUGUGUUCAUUUUAAGUCACCACUCUGUUCCUUUUGAGGGGUUGCAGCAUUAGCAUUGUUAACUUUAAAUUGAUGGGGGCAGUGGAAUAUAGCUUCAUAACAUCUUGUGUGGGUUCACCAAUAUUAAUGAAAUAAAAUCAUCGUUGUUUGCCUGAACACCAGUUAAAAUCUAUGGCAAAAAUGAGUUCAUGUAAGCUAAUAUGUCUGGACUGCUCAAGCUCCCUCUGAUUAGAUAGCAAUAUUUAUCCCAUUGUAUAGCUUCCUGUUUAUCUUUAGAGGUCCUUACUGAAAAUAUUGUGCUGGUGGGGUUGGAUUUCUUAGUGUUUCUCAUGGAAAACUGUCACGAGGCUGGUGUUUAUUGUAGAUCGUUUUAGUGUAAAUCCCCUAAAGCAUCAAGUGUUCAAUUAUUAUUUUUGUUCUCUGUAUUAGGGAGAUGCAUAUGAGGAAGGGAAGUAUACUAAUCUGAAAUGUUACUUAAACUAUGUUGCUGUAGGAAAUUGUCAUAAGAUCUGGAUAAAUCAAUGUUACGCAUUACAGUUUUCUGAGCUUUUGGUUUUCCGAUUGCAGCCUGACACCUUAGGAAAGACACCAUUGUUCCUGAUCUUCUGAGUUAAUAUUUCCAUUUGGGUUAUGGUGUGGUGGGGAGGAAUAAAUACGAAGGCACGAUCACACAUUUCAGCAACUUCACCUGCAUAUUAGUUUAAAGAAGAAUAGCGCAGGAAGAGAGUAUUUUACUAAGCUGAUCUGUUCAUAAUGCCUAAGAAUAUGGCCCCAUCGAAGUGGCAAACCCUUAUUACUCAAUGCCUUAUUGAACUGUGUGAGGAAUGGAACUUAACAUGUAUGGAUUAAAGCAGAAUGAGUUACUUCACCUCAGUGCCCAGAGAAAAAGUUUCCUUUAUCUGGAAAUGUGCAUCUGUGUUAAGGAAGCAUUACUUGACCUGCAUCUGUAUCUUUCCCCCUUUAAAUGGCAGUUACUUUGCAUCCCCAUUUUCAUCCUUGAGAACUUGAGCUAACUUGCUAGUAGCAGGCAAGUUCCCAGCAUCCAUACUUUUGCAUACCUAAUAGAUUCUGUUACUCAAGUGUCUGCCCUCUUAAUGAUUAGCAGUAUAUACUACAGAAUAUCAGCUUUCACCUCUUGGCAAUUGCACUCAUUAUCUUUCACCGAUAUUUUGCCAAAGGAUGCUGAAUUUGCUCCAUGACUGAAGGAAAAUAUAUAUCUUUUGUAAUGAAUAGAAUUAACAUUAAACUCUGGACCUCAGCUGGAUAGCUAGAGAAAUUUGGUUGGCAAAAGACCAGUUUGUUUGCACACCCCCAUACACUGAAGUUCUCCAACUGACUCAAUAUGGCUUGCUUUUGAAGACAAAAUGGCUUGCUUUUGUAUAGAAAAAAUAUUACUGGGGUGGGGAGAGGGAUGGAAGGAAGGCUAAUAAUAAGAAUCAUGCUGUGCACUGUAAAAGUAACUGUAACUUUGAAUGUGCAAUUCAUUAAACCUGACAUACUGACCCCAUUCCCAUCCACCCCGAAAACCUUUCUUCACUGGGGAGCGGCAAGUACUAAUGUAUUUUCGUCCGAUAGCUGUGUUCCUGUGAAAUACUGUAUCCUUCAUUAUCUGAGACUUCAUCGUUGCUGUUUGUUGUUCCCCCUCCUGUCUUUUGAAAAAGAACUUUGAUUAUUGUUCAAUAAAAAACAAAUAUUUCCUGGUAGUAAUUUUCCCCUCUUCUGAUGACCUAUCCUUUGGGGGAGAGGGAGAAUACCUCCUCACUGUGUGAGGGGUGUUUUAUUCAAAAGAUUGUCCAAAAGGAUAGGGCAGAACUGAACUGCCAUCUAAAUGGCUGCAGUAGAACCAAUGGUCCUGGUAGGAGUGGCUUUAAUUGUGAGAAAUGGAGAAUGCAUAACGUCAGCUGAGUGGUGGGUUAUGUUACUACACUCGAGAACAAGAGAACAAAAUCUUUAAAACACUUUUAAUUGUCUUUAAUAUGUGGUUUAAUUUAGAUACUUUCUCUAAGUGUGCUCUAAAAAGGAACUAGGAAAGACUAUGGCUGCAAGCCUAAGCACAUGUUUAUUUAGAAAGGUGUAGAGCAAAUCUAACCCUCUCACACAUCCAUCCAAGGGAGGGUUGGGUCAGGUGAAGGUGCUUUGCUUAUCCACCCCAGAAGCCUCAGGCAGGCCUGUGAAAAGCUCUGUGAGCAUAGCUAUACCACCUCUGGUAAGCCCCCCAAAUGCAUCAUUUAAAGGGAAGGGGUGGAACAAAGGGGAUCAGCUGAAUCAAAAACCCUUCUGUUUGCCAGAGAGGUCCAGGAUCAGCCACCCUUCCCUGCAAACCUGGAGCAGACAAAGAAAUUUCCCCUCUACCUCUAGAACCAAUGGGUAUGUAAUUAAAAACAACACUGCAGGAUCACAACAAAAACCCCACUUACACAAUGCGUCUUCUGCCCUGACGGCAUGACGCAGCAAGACUUUGGAAGUGGUGGAGUAUCUGCCACUUUGUCCUCCACAGCCCCACUUAGAAUUACACAUAGGUCGUAUUGAACUUAGUGGGUCUUACUUCAAAGUAUCCAUUGGAUUGUUGUGCAAUGCUCUGGAAUGUUUUUAAACACAAGAAUGAGAGUCGGAUAUAAAAUGCACAGAGCAAGCAAACACCACGCCAAGAAAGGGAGGGGAAGCUUCCAAAAAUUCGCUUGGGUGGCUAUUUGUUCCUGCAGUGCCAAGAGAUUUUUUUUUCCCUUUCAUAUUGGGCUGCACUCCUGAAAACGUGAGAGAUGGAUGAUGAAUGUAUUCUACGCUUGCCUGUGGUGGUGGAUUGCAGAGACUGGACUUUCCUGUUUCACAGAAGAAUGCUGCAUUACUUCGUGAAUUUCUUGUUUUGCAUUUCCAGCUACUUAUUACACCUGUAUACUUUGUGUCCCUUGAGAUUAGGCAGAAUUCAUUCACUCACUUGUCCUGAAAUGCACAGUAUGAUUUUCAAGCCCCUCUUGCAUGAGGG